AUGAUAAAAUGUAUUUGUCCGCUAGGAAAAUUAGGUAAAAAUUGUUUUGCCUCAUUUAAUUCAUGCAAAGAAAUUUCAUGUUUACAUGCUGAUAAAUGUAUAACAUUAGAUUUAAAAGGAUAUAAAUAUGUUUGUAUUUGUUCAAAUGAAUAUUAUGGUAAUUUAUGUCAAUAUCGUGUUGCUAGAGCAUUAAUCAAUAUAAAAAAUUUAUUUCAUAAUAAUCUUAUUCAUUCUGUACCCGUUGUUGUUAUCUAUUUUGUUAAUGUUUAUAAUAAUAUGGGUGUAACAUUAUUAAUUCAAGAUAUAUUGGUCUAUAGAAAUGUUCCAUUUAAUCAAAUUUUAUUAAAUUUUUAUGAAAAAUAUUUAUUUAUCACAAUUUAUAUUUGUUCAAAUAUAUUUUGA